UCUUCUCCACUCCAGCAAACUAGGAGCCCUAAGUGGACGAGCUAUGGCGGAGCUGGAGCCGGCGCUCAAGAAGCGGCGGCAUGAGGAAGCGGUGAAGAAUCCAUCUCCUCCCGAAAUCUCUCCCAGGUAUGAUCCAUCGGAAGACAUGGAGAUGAGUCCCGAGCCUCCGCCGCCUCCACCUCCGCCGCAGCAGCAAGACGACGAGCUGGAAGAAGGCGAGGCCAGCGCUAACGAAGGAGACGAGGAGCUAGACAGGGGGACGAUCUCGACCGCGGCCAAAAUGGAGGAGGAAGAGGUCGUCAAGAGGCGGCACCGCGGCGAGAUUCGCAGCGUUUACAGGGCUUACAGGGCUUUCAAGUCGUGCCUGGCCAGGCACCCCACCAUUGGACGUGAGCUCGACCGCGAACUGGAGAAAUCCUAUGGGACUCUCUUGAAGCUCGCUAAUGGUUGCUCGAGCGUUCGUCGGAUUGCAGCGGAGAUAAUCCCGCGCUACGCAGUUUACUGCCCGACUGCUCUUGACGCGGCUGCAAGGGUAAUUUUGCAGAUUUGUGACUGGACUAGCUCUAUUCUCGUGCAUGACAAGGCUCACGAUGAUGUAAUCGCAGAAACAGCACAAGCUUGUUUCUCUGGGCUGGUGCAACUGUCCAUAGCAGCUAACACGGUGGCUGGCUCGUUUCUGGGACUGGGUGACAUGUGUGCUGGAGUUUGCCGGAAUAUUGCGUCAUAUCUGCUUUGCCAGCUGAAUGGGAACGAGCUUCUCUGCGAAGAAGAUGAAGAAAGCUCAAGCUCAAGCGCCGGUGGCAGGAAAAUCGGCCAAGUGCUCUCGGAGUCGAUGUCAAAGCUUUUCCGGAACGACCCGGAGAACGUGAUUGCGUCUUGCUUUGAGCUUCUCCGUGCCGAUGCUCCAGAGCAACGCAAGCAUGCUCUACACUUUCUGGCGCAGAUAGCAGUGGAAGAAAUAGACGAGAAGAACACAGACACGGAGAAGAAACCAUCGCCUGCGACGUCCGGCCUCGUAUCGAAGGUCAUUCACCCGAGGCCAGCUUUGGAGAAGUGGAUUGUUUCUACGGUCCGAAUGUUCCGAAAGAUCGAAAAGGCUGACAUUGUGGGGGAAUGUCUCCCUAAGCUACUGGCACUGGUCAAGUCACUGCGGACUUUUACACCGUCAGACUUGGAACUCGACGAAGAGCCAGUGGAGGAGAGGUUGCUAAGCAGAUCAAGAAGCCGUCUCGUCGUCACUAAUCUAUCCGACGAAGGUGACAGUUGCUCACGUUCCGUGCGUGCUGUGGACAGAACAGGCAGAGGAUAUAGUCCAGACGCAGAUGGAUGGUACAGGGAACAGGAAUCACGUCCAAGAAGAUCAGUACGAAGUGUCACCAUUGAAAGGCCGUCCGAUCGGAUGGAAGAUACUACCUGGAGUCGUCGGGAUUCUAAAUAUUCUGACAGCGAAGCUUCACAGCUGAGGUCUUCUCCGGGUGCUAUGGACGUCUUUACAGCCUCGGAAAGUCUCUGGGUUUCUCUGCCAAGUUCCGGGGUGACGGAGUCGAUGCUGCAAGCGCAGUUCAGUAUAUUUGGGGACCUGGACAGCGUUACUACAGUUAGAGACCAAGGCUAUGGGAUAGUAGCGUACAAGAACAUCAGAGACGCAGUUGACGCACGGGAAGAAAUGCAAGGUUCUACAGUGUGGGGGAAGGCGCUUCGAGUGAGAUUUGCAGACAGUGAUACAAGGUCAACUUCAAGUUGCCAUGUCUGGGUGGGAAGAAUCUCCAGUCAGGCUGUCAAGGAAGAGCUGCUCAACGAGUUAACAAGUGCCGGGAUGAAGCCUCCUGCUUCUGUAGUUACACUGAUAUCAUCCAGCGCUUUGCUGCUCCAGUACGAUUCUCCAGAAGAUGCAAACGCGGUCAUGGUGUACGUAAGGCAACGGCGUAGAGAGUCUUAUAGAUCUUCCUAUGGCACUGAAGCUGGCAGUCGACACCUUUGCAUUGCUCGCAUUGAUCCUCUAGUUUCUGAAGACGACAUUCUCUCGGCAGUUUCGCAGUACGGUGAGAUCACCGGAUUGAAGUUCUCACGUCAAAGCGGGUACUGCGUGAUAGACUUUCGAUCCUCAGAAACUGCGGCUACUGCCAGGGCUCGACUCAACGCAGCGAGAUUUGGUAACCAAGCCAUGGUGAUGGACUACAGGAAUAAAAUGCCGGCUGAGUCUGUGCUAUCGCCUACAUAUAGCUUGUACUCCCCGCCAGCAAGAACAGCGUCCGGGACAUCGGUGGCGGCAACUUUGGAGAACUUAUGUAGCAAGUUCUCGUUGGGAAGUCCGGCUCCAGCAGGAAAAACAAGGCGGAGCAAAUUCGAUAUCAUCGAAAAUGUUCCGACGAAUACACUCUGGAUUGGCUUGCCAGAAAGCGUUCCCCAGGAGUACAUGAGUGAGAACGAGCUGCGGGUUAUUUUCAAUAUUGCCUGCGAUGGUACUGGAGCCGUGACCAAAGUGCGAAGUGCUCGAAAUUCCAGAGGGCCUUGUCGCUUUGUCGAGUUUGAUGGGAUUGACGCAGCAUCUACAGCGCUCCAGAACAUCACCGGGCAUUUUGACCCCAGCAUUCACAUCGAGUUCAGUAACUCCGUGUUGUCUCAUGCAAACGAUCACCACUAUCGCGACCAUCCACGAAGACAGGACAAAGCAGCGUCUCGUGCCUGGGAUGAGUGCUACCGAUCGCCAUCGGCUGAGUUUGAGGAGUGUCGAACGAGGCCAAGGCCGCAUGCGUGGGAAGGAAGCGCUUAUGACGAAACCUUUCAGUACAACAGGAAGCAGGCAUCCCCGGGCGUUGCUAGCACAAUAGGCAGUCCAGUACCGGGAAAGCUUCACUCGCAGCCACCUCCGCUAGCGCCACUACCGGUAAAAAAUCUUCCCGGGUAUGGACAGCUAGACCGAGCAGCGACUUGGCAAGGCUCGUCUCCGCUACAUCCAAUCUCUCCGGCCGCGCUAACUCCUCGGCGAAGGAGCUGCUCCGUAACCAUCGGUGGUAUACCAACUUCGCUGUCUUCUCUACAAUCACCCGUGACUCCGGCGAUGAGAAACGCUUCAGUGAGUGGCAACCGUGAUCAGGCAAUGCUACCAGCGUCUCCGGUUCCUCCCUUGCCGCCCGAAGCACCGCCGCCGCCGCUGCCUCCAUUGUCACCACCUCCACCGCCGCCACCACCCAGUCCCCCGCCGCCGCUACCAUCCUCGCCACCUCCAAGAGCGCCCAGCGACAGACAGGCUAAGUCGUUCUGGCGCGGGCCACUCUGCAAGAGCGGGCUCCAGUACUGCGAAGUGAUGCUUUGCAGAGAGGAUUUUUCAAGCGGUCCACUUCGCGGGUGGCCAGACAAACUAGAUGUCACUAAACGAGCGGACUGGAGGUCUUUGAAACAAACUUUCAACACCUCUCCUUCGAACGAGCGCGAGGUAUGCAGGUUGCACGCUUCUCCCGCGUCUGGAGAAAACUAUAAUGGGUUUCUCCAUUUCAAGGAGUACUUAAAGCAGCGAGACCGGGCUGGAGUGGUGAAACUUCCCGGUGCAAAAGGGCUGUGGCCCCGAAUGCUGUAUAUCUUACCCUGGACAGCGGAAGCCUCUGCCAUGCUCGCGGUUUCUGCUGAACCCUCUGAUUCCCUCAUCUGUGUUGUUCUUCCUUGUCCUCAUCAAUAGCUUAACUUAACAUCCUUUCAGCUGCAA